AUGACGUGGGUAACAGGAGAAGCGCUCAACUUUUUUCUCGGCGUGUUCUUCCACCUCUGUUGCGCCGUGGCGUUUGCUCUUGCUCCGUGGUAUGCUGCGCACUACGACACUGAUGGUCAAGACAUGUACAACCUCUUAGCUCCGCCGAACUUCGUACUGUCCAUCUUCGUUUUCCUCCUGACAAGCGUUCGAAGUGGUGGUAUCGUGUUCAAGCGCCAGUAUACAUCACUCAUAGGCAGAGUCUUCGACCGAAUCACGGACAACCACUGCAUUGGUGUGCUUUCGCUGCUUACGUUCGCCGGCUGCGUGGCCCUUUUCCUCCUGUUGCUGGGCUUCAUGCUCGUCGGCAGCCUCCGGGUGUACCUGGCCCCGGUCGCGCUAACACUGAUGUGGUACAAGUCAAUCCCCUACUACGACGAGCUAGACAACGGACUCCAGCAAAGACCCAAGAACGCGAUUAACGCGAUCAAGUUGGCAAUUGACGAGAUAUCGGUGCGUGUGUGGUUCACAUGGCUGACUGCCGCGACGAUCUUUUCGUUUAUCGACAUUGCUCAGUUCCUGGAGGCCCAGUACUUCAGCUUUGCUGUCUACCUGAAUUUGAUGGUGGUCCUCAUCGCGGUGGCUAUUGUUCUCUACAUUUCAAGUCGAGAUCCGGCCGUGGCUUGGUGUGACGCGAAGGAGACAGUUGAGACGUUGCAGACGGUGGCUUCGGCCAUCGCCCCCAUAUUUGCGAUAGUGCUGGCUAUCGACACCACCCAAGGUUUUUACGACUUCUUUGUGAAGUUUGUGCCACGCAGUGAUGUGUCUGGUGACGCAGAUGGCCGGCUCAAUGCUGGGUACGGAGCGGUGUGA